CGAGAUAACGUGUAUUCAGAUGUGGGGUUCUGAUCUGGAUAUUACCUCAAACCAAAAAGACCACUUCGAGGGCUAGUCUUCCUAGUAGUUUCAUCACCCACCAUAAGCAGGCUUUAGUAUCUGUGAGCUCUGGUCGGAGUGAACUUCAAUUGAAUGGCAAUGAUGAGAAGAGAAGUUUAUCUACGUUUUCUGGCUUUCCUCUGUUUUUGGGCUUCUGUAAAUGGAUUACUGUCUCCCAAAGGUGUAAACUUUGAAGUGCAAGCUUUAAUGGCAAUAAAAGCUUCUUUGAAGGAUCCCCAUGGUGUCCUUGAUAAUUGGGAUGACUCCUCUGUUGAUCCAUGUAGCUGGACUAUGGUCACCUGUUCUUCUGAGAGUCUAGUCAUCGGCCUGGGUACUCCUAGCCAGAAUUUAUCUGGUACUCUCUCUUCAAGUAUAGGCAACCUGAAAAAUCUUCAGAGUGUGCUCUUACAGAACAACAAUAUUAAAGGGCCAAUCCCUACAGAGCUUGGAAGGCUCUCAAAACUACGCACACUUGAUCUUUCGAAUAACUACUUCAGUGGGGAAAUUCCUCCUUCUCUAGGACACCUGAGAGGCCUCCAAUACAUGAGACUUAACAAUAACAGUCUCUCAGGAGCAUUUCCUAUGUCAUUGGGGAACAUGACCCAGCUUACCUUUCUUGACUUGUCCUACAACAAUCUAAGUGGACCUAUACCCAGAUUUCCUGCUAAGACAUUCAACAUUGUUGGGAACCCUUUGAUUUGCCCAACAGGUUCUGAACCAGACUGCAAUGGGACAACACUCAUGCCGAUGUCCAUGAACUUGAAUAGUUCACAAACUACUCUACCUCCUGGCAGGCCUAACCGUCACAAAGUAGCCCUUGCCUUUGGCUUGAGCCUCGGAUGCCUCUGUCUCAUGGUUCUGGGAUUUGGAUUGCUUUUAUGGUGGAGGCAAAGGCACCACAAACAGAUAUUCUUUGAUGUUAAAGACCGGCAUCACGAAGAGAUCUCCCUUGGAAACUUGAAGAGAUUCCAUUUCAGGGAACUUCAAAUUGCGACGAGCAACUUCAGCAGCAAAAACAUACUUGGGAAAGGUGGUUUCGGACAUGUGUACAAAGGAAUUCUCUCAGACGGGACUAUUGUGGCUGUCAAGAGGCUUAAAGAUGGCAAUGCCAUCGGAGGGGAGAUCCAAUUCCAGACUGAAGUUGAAAUGAUUAGUCUAGCAGUACACCGAAACCUCCUAAGGUUAUAUGGGUUUUGUGUGACGCCUACGGAAAGGCUUCUAGUUUAUCCAUACAUGUCCAAUGGCAGUGUUGCUUCUCGUCUCAGAGGAAAACCAGUCUUGGACUGGUGCACUAGGAAGAGGAUUGCCUUAGGAGCUGCCAGGGGACUACUAUACCUUCACGAGCAGUGUGACCCGAAGAUUAUUCAUAGGGAUGUGAAGGCUGCAAAUAUAUUGCUUGACGACUAUUGUGAGGCUGUGGUGGGAGAUUUUGGCUUAGCAAAGCUUUUGGAUCACCAAGAUUCACACGUUACCACAGCAGUGAGAGGCACAGUGGGGCAUAUAGCCCCGGAAUAUCUUUCCACCGGCCAGUCCUCGGAGAAAACAGAUGUCUUUGGAUUUGGAAUCCUUCUCCUCGAAUUAAUAACUGGGCAGAGAGCACUAGAAUUCGGCAAGGCAGCUAACCAGAAAGGGGCUAUGCUCGAUUGGGUAAAGAAAAUUCAUCAGGAGAAGAAGCUUGAAAUGCUUGUGGAUAGGGAUCUUAAAAGCAACUAUGACAGAAUUGAGCUGGAGGAGAUAGUUCAAGUGGCUCUCUUGUGCACCCAAUACCUCCCAGGACACAGACCCAAAAUGUCGGAAGUGGUUAGAAUGCUUGAAGGUGAUGGGCUUGCAGAAAGAUGGGAAGCUUCUCAAAGAGUUGAAUCAACCAAGUGCAAACCCCAUGAAUUGUCUGCAUCAGAUAGAUAUUCUGAUCUCACUGAUGACUCUUCCCUACUAGUCCAAGCAAUGGAGCUCUCUGGGCCAAGGUGAAUAAAUUACAAAUUUUAUUUAUUUAUUUUUUUUUUUGUUUUUUGUUUUCUCUAUGAAAAUCGGGAUUUUGAUGGAACAAGUUAUAGUUGAAGCUAUUCCACCAAGGUAAUGAAGAUUGAAAGGCUAUGCUUGCUGUAUAAUAGUGAUAGAUUAGAGCUUCAAAAGGGCUCCGAUGUUUUCUUCAAUUGUACAGAAUAUGAUGUGAGGAACUGAUAUUUUCAUAUAGAAAAGAAUUUUGGGUGUU